AUGGCCCAACAGUCAUCCAGGCUUCAGCGCUUGCUUACUCUCUUGGACACUGGAUCAACCCAAGCAACAAGGUUGACUGCCGCCCGGCAGAUAGGGGGGAUUGUGAAGUUGCACCCUCAAGACUUGACCAGUCUUCUUAAGAAGGUUUCUCAAUAUCUGCGCAGUAAAAAAAUGGGAUACAAGAGUUGCAGCUGCUCAUGCAAUUGGUCUAUUGCCGAGAAUGUUAAGCACAUAAGCUUGAAUGAACUUAUUGCCUCUGUUGUAACAAAAAUGUCUGAGAGCGAGAUAUCAUGCAGUGUUGACGAUCUGUGUGCAUGGCCUUAUUUAAAAGCGAAAAUUACAGGAAGCUCAUUUAGAAGCUUUGAUAUGAAUAAGGUGCUUGAAUUUGGAGCUUUGUUAGCAUCAGGAGGGCAGGAGUAUGAUAUUGGAAGCGAUAAUAUAAAGAACCCAAGGGAUCGUUGGGUUCGCCAAAAGCAAAAUCUCCGACGUCGUUUGGUUUAG